AUGGACUACAUAACAAAAGUUGCUAGCUGGUUAAGCAGCCAAAGCAAUCUUCCUCUACUCUCUUGCCCAUUUCAACCGCACGAACUGAUUCUUACAUGUCUGUAUUCGAAGAAAAAGCUCUUGUUUUUACAAGGGGCUGAUGUGGGCAAGCAAAUGUACAGUGGUAAAACUGCAAAAAUCAAACAGAAAGUUACAUAA